AAGUGUGGUGCAGUGACCACUCGCUGUCUUUGUUCAGUCCAAUCUCCUCUCUCUCCUCACGGCCACGGUCAAAACUUCGGAGCAGUCAGUUCUUCCGCUGCGAGGAGAGACAGUGAGCGUGAACAAGUUAAUCCCAUCCGACUUGGGAUAGUUUCAAUUCCUCAGGUACGUCCACGAGACGAGAAGAGACGAGACCGCAUGCCUUCAUUUUCAUUUCCAAUUGCCCCUCCAUCUUAUCUUUUAUACACUGCCCCAUCAAUGGCUUCCUUCCACUUAACACCACACAUUUGGAUCAUGGCAUUGGUUGCGCUUGCACUGUGACAUAGCGUCAAUCUUUCAAUCCUUUCUUGUAUCAAAACACCAAAGUUGCAACAUGGUCAUUUGGUGUCAUGCACUUUGGUUGUUGUUGACUUUUCUGUUGCGAUUUUAUUUUCUUUGCAUGCUCGCUGUGUUAGUUGCCCUAGAUGUCAACUACCACGGCAGUCUACCACUUGCCGGCCACCACCAUGUCCAUGUCCAUGUCCAUGUCGAUAGAAAACCCUCAAUUGAUCUUUCCAUUCACUCACUAUGGACUUGCGCACCACCAUUUCAUCCUUCUUGUUACUUUACAUGGUUCCCGUCCCAAUGCUAAUACUGAUGGUAAUCCAAAGUGACUCUUAGCCAGUUAAGCU